AUGGAAAGAGUAUAUAUUUUAACAGUUUCAGAUAAUUGCAUUUAGUUCUAUUUAAUGUAACAUGCAUUUUUGUGCUUAAGGAAUAAUCUGUUCAUCCAGAACACAUUUCAUUUGUAUUUUGCUGCAGUAUUUACCCUGUUCACAACUGAGUUCAUUUAAAUUGAAGUAUUGCUUUUGUUGACUAGUUGCAAAUUGACUUUCUCAACCAAGCCUUCUAGUUUGUCAAUUUUAGGGGCGCUGGACUUUUGACCAACUGGAAAUUCUCUGUCUCGGAAGGGGGGGACGCAGUUGGCCUACAGAUGAGGAGGGUGAAAUAUCUGUAGAAGUAGAGUAUUUUUAAAGGAGAUUAAUCACUGUUCGAACAGACAGGGGUGCAUACUAAGUGUUGUGUUAGACUUCCCAAAUAGUUCCCCCUCUUCCUCUUGCCAGUGGGCAUGGGAACACUGCGUCUACCCCCUGACCAGAUGACAGAACCCCCCUUGGUCAAACUGUACCUUGUCUUCUUACUCCAUUCGUCACUAGAACCGUGUGCGGAAAGCUCUCCGCAGGACGCUCUGGACAGGCAGAAAUGCCUGACUUCUCUGGCGUCUCUCCGCCAGGCCAAGUGGUUUCAGGCUAAAGUGUCCGAGCUUGAGUCAUGUGUCAUCGUGAUUCGGAUCUUUCGGGACUUGUGUACCCGUGUUUCAACGUGGGCCCCGCUCAAAGGAUGGAUUCUUGAGUUGCUCUGUCAGAAGGCCAUUUCAACCAGCGAGAGGCUGCUAGGACCUGGAGAGGCGUUCCGGAGAGUUCUAGAGUGUCUUGCAUCAGGGAUACUAAUAGAGGGUGGUCCAGGCAUUUCUGAUCCCUGUGAGCGAGAUAGCACUGAUGCUGGUGCCCAUCUUACACUGCAACAGAGAGAAGACAUUACCCAGAGUGCACAGUUUGCCUUAAGACUGUCAGCUUUUGGGCAACUUUACAAAGUUCUUGGAAUGGACCGCCUCAAUUCCAAAUUUGCUAGAUUGCUCAGCGAACAAAACAGAGUAAAGAGGCCAAGAGAAGUUUAUGAUGCUGGGGAUCUUGAAAUGAGGCCAAAGUUUCCAAGAAAAGAAAGGCGCGAACCAGCAACGGCUAAAACAUUGUCUAUCUUUAUAUUCCUGUGA